UUUUUUUUGGCCAGGCUUGAUUUGAGUUCGCAAUGGCACGAGGAAGUUCGAGCAAUGGAUCAGAUGAUUAUGAGAUUAAGGAAAAAAUUAGGAAUGGUGGGUUUGAACACUAUCAUAUUGACAACCAAAUAUGGUAUUCUCAUUCCAAUGGCUAUGGUUGGGAAUUUUGCACCCCCAUCGAUCCUCCACCUUAUUCAGGAUACGUACUUUCGAAUCCUCAAAAUCCCAUGGCAUAUUAUAUUUCUCCAAAUUUUGGACCAUCUAACUACAUGUAUAAUUCUUGUUCACCGUCGCCGCCACCACCGCCCUCGCCGCCGAUAUAUCAUCCUUUUCCUACUAAAGAGCUAUAUUGGAAAAUAAUAAAUCAAGUCAAUUAUUAUUUCAGCGACGAAAAUUUAAGGCAUGAUACAUUCCUAAAGAAGCAUAUGGAUGUUGAUGGAUGGGUUCCCAUUCAGUUGAUUGCUACUUUUAAUAGAAUGCGAAUAUUGACAAAUGAUAUUGAAUACAUCUUGUUUGCAUUACAUGGCUCCAGUGUUGUUGAAGUACAGGAUGAUAAAGUAAGGAGGAAGAAAUAAAUUCAUCGAGAUCAACAAAAAAAACCUAUAACAACAUACGUGGGGAUCGGAAUUAGAACUAUUGACAGUAAUGUAUGAAGAUAAAGAUAUUUGAUAUAAUGCUCGUUUGAUAUGAGAGAGUAAUAGUGUUAAUGAUGUACGUUUUCAUAGAAGUCAAAAGAUGAAAAAGAGUUUAGUUUAUUUAGAUUUUUUUUUAGUACAAUAUGUCGUGUCGUGUGGGGAUCAAACACACAACCUCAUGGUUGGAAGUAUAUGCUGCUAGAUUAUGCUCACUUUGGCUUUCCCUAUUG